CCUCCUCGCCUCCUCUCUUCCUCUCCGCUCCCCUCCCUCUAAAAUCCGUCCGCCUCUCCCUUCCCCAUUCCUUUCCCCCUCCGCAAGAAACAUCCCAAGCUCGCCUCAUCUCACCUCGCCUACUAAGCUCCGAAGCACCUCGGCCCCGCGAGUCGUCUCGACGCCUCGCCAUGUACCGCGCGGCCGUCAGCCUCGCCUCCAAGGCUCGGCAAGCCGGGAGCAGCGCUCGUCAGGUUGGAAGCAGGCUUGCCUGGAGCAGGAAUUAUGCCGCCAAGGACAUCAAGUUUGGUGUUGAGGCCCGUGCUUUGAUGCUGAGGGGUGUUGAGGAGUUGGCUGAUGCAGUCAAAGUCACAAUGGGUCCUAAGGGGCGCACUGUGAUUAUUGAGCAGAGCUUUGGUGCACCAAAAGUCACAAAGGAUGGUGUGACUGUUGCCAAGAGCAUUGAAUUCAAGGAUAGAGUCAAGAAUGUCGGUGCAAGCCUUGUGAAGCAGGUUGCUAAUGCAACGAAUGAUACUGCUGGAGAUGGUACCACAUGUGCUACUGUUUUGACAAAAGCAAUAUUUAGUGAGGGUUGCAAGUCUGUAGCAGCUGGAAUGAAUGCAAUGGAUCUGAGGCGUGGAAUCUCAAUGGCGGUUGAUGAUGUUGUGACUAACCUGAAGGGCAUGGCUAGAAUGAUCAGCACACCAGAGGAAAUAGCGCAGGUGGGUACAAUAUCAGCAAAUGGAGAGAGGGAAAUUGGUGAGCUUAUCGCUAAGGCUAUGGAGAAGGUUGGGAAAGAAGGUGUAAUUACAAUUGCGGAUGGUAACACACUUUAUAAUGAGCUUGAAGUUGUGGAAGGCAUGAAAAUUGACAGAGGUUACAUCUCUCCUUACUUUAUUACCAACCCGAAGACCCAGAAAUGUGAAAUGGAAGACCCAAUGAUCUUGAUACAUGAAAAGAAGAUCUCAAACUUGCCUGCAUUUGUUAAAGUGUUAGAGUUGGCUCAUGCGAAGCAAAGACCUCUACUGGUCGUUGCAGAAGAUCUAGAAAGUGAAGCAUUGGGUACGCUGAUUCUUAACAAGCUUCGUGUGGGCCUUAAGCUCUGUGCUAUUAAAGCUCCUGGUUUUGGGGAGAACAGGAAAGCAAAUCUACAGGACCUUGCUAUCCUUACUGGGGGAGAAGUCAUAAGUGAAGAGCUUGGAAUGAGCCUUGAGAACUUUGAUCCUCAGAUGUUAGGUACAUGCAAGAAGGUUACUGUUUCUAAGGAUGACACUGUUAUUCUUGAUGGAGCUGGAGACAAGAAAAACAUGGAAGAGAGAGCAGAACAGAUUAGGUCUGCAAUUGAGGAAAGCACUUCCGAUUAUGACAAGGAAAAACUACAGGAGCGGUUGGCAAAGCUUUCUGGAGGCAUUGCUGUUCUAAAGAUUGGAGGAGCCAGCGAAGCUGAAGUUAGUGAGAAGAAAGACAGAGUCACAGAUGCACUGAAUGCCACGAAAGCUGCUGUCGAAGAGGGUAUUGUGCCAGGAGGUGGUGUUGCACUUCUAUAUGCGUCAAAGGCUCUGGAUAAAUUGCAGACUGCAAAUUUUGAUCAGAAGAUUGGUGUGCAAAUCAUUCAGAAUGCUUUGAAGACACCAGUGUACACGAUUGCCUCCAAUGCUGGCGUUGAAGGGGCAGUGGUCGUUGGUAAGCUUUUGGAGCAGGAUAACACUGAUCUUGGAUAUGAUGCAGCUAAGGGUGAAUAUGUGGACAUGGUGAAGGUUGGCAUCAUUGAUCCACUGAAAGUGAUCAGAACUGCCUUGGUAGAUGCUGCAAGUGUUUCAUCUCUGAUGACCACCACAGAAUCCAUCAUCGUAGAGAUCCCGAAAGAGGAGAAAGAGGCACCUGCAAUGGGCGGCAUGGGUGGAAUGGAUUACUGAGGAGGCAUCAGACCUACGAAUCUGGGACAUACGGAGUGCUUAGCAAUUUUUUUGCGGUGUAGGAUCUUAUCUUGUCGGACAGUUUUGGUACUGUGAACUUAGUAUAUCUCUCGGAACUACUGUUUGGGCGAAUAAAAAGUUGUUCUGCAAGUAGUUCUUGAGAGCUGAAAUUGCUGUCAAUCGGAAUUGAUACUGAUGCUGACACAUUCAAUGUGGUGAAAGAUAGCUACAUCGCCAAA